GCAGCCAUUGGUCAGCAACAAUCAACAGUCAGAAAAGUAAUUCACUGCUGCAUAGACCUCAAAUUUGCCAUCAAAAGUCAACUAAGGAAAGGAUUAUCAAAAUGCUGAAGUUGCUGAUGUUGUUUGCCUUGCUCGCCAUAGCCGCUGCACGUCCUGGUUACUUGCCGCACGCUCCACUGCUCUACUCAGCUCCAGCAACUGUCAUCCACGAGCCUGUUUUAGCCAAAGUUGGCGCUGUGGUGAAGAGCUAUCCAACGGCCGUAUCCCAUCAAAGUUCCUCGAUUGUGCACAGCUCUGCCAUUGCCGUAGAGCCAAUUCUCGCACCGGUUGUUAAGACCACUUACACAGCGCCGGUUUUGCACGCAGCUCCGAUCUACAAAACUCUCGCAUUGCCGUCCUUGCUUACCUCGCACUCGGGCGGUUGGUGGUAGAGUGGUUGUCAGAGUUGGACUGAAAUUGGUCCUUAAUAUAUUAUAUGUAUACAUAUACACACACACAAGCACACAAAGUGGCAGUGAGUAAGUGGCGCCACAGGUCUAGUACCUGCCAGUUGUCGAUUGUUGGUUUUCAUCUUCAUAAAUUUUGUAUAUAAGAAUACUCGUACGCAAAUGCAGUUGAGUGCAGCUUAUUUUUUGUAAAUAAA